GCAGUCGACCUCGCUGACCCACACGACGAGGAGCAAGGUUUGCAGAACAAGCUAUCUAUAGCCCACUCUCCCACGCCAGGGUAAACAUGAACGACUAUAAUAUUCAAGUUGUAACUGGCGAAAUUCUUCAAGCUGGAACCUUCAAUAAAAUCUACAUCAAGUUGAUUGGCACGGAGUGUAACAGUGGCCAGCAACGUCUCAAAGCGCCCACGGGCUUCUGGCCCGGAUCGAAGCUCAGCUUCACUGUGUCCUGCACGGCAAAUCUCGGCACUCUCCUAUUGGUCGAGCUGGAAUCUAAGGCACGGAUGAUUGGUUUGAACGAGUGGUUCUGCGCCGAAGUUAUGGUAACCACGCCCAAAGGGGAGGAGCUUCUUUUCCCAUGCCACCGCUGGCUGGGCUCCGAAAGGGUGGUGCUCAGGGACUCAGUAGCUACGUUGCGACACAAGGAGACCAGUCCUGAACUCCUGGCACACAGACAAGAGAGUCUUAAGGCGCGCCGCCAGCUCUUCAAGUGGAGCAUAUACGCUGAUGGCAUACCUCACACCGUGCACGCCGAGUUUCCGUGCAACCUGCCGCCCGAGGUCAGGUUCUCCUUCACCAAGGACAAAGAGUUCGUGUUCUCCUCGGCUGUGGCUUUUAUGAAGAUAAACCUGCGCUGCCCUCUCAAGUUCUCGUGGAGCAGCCUCAGUGAGCUGGACACGCUCGUCUGCAGGAAGACAGACAUUUUAGAAUACGUGCAGAAGAACUGGAAGAGGGAUGAAUUCUUUGGGUACCAGUUCCUGAAUGGUCUGAACCCCAUGAUGAUCAAGCGUUGCUCCAAACUGCCUGACAACUUCCCUGUCACCAGUGACAUGGUGUCUAGCUUUCUGCCAAUGGGCAGCACGUUAGAGCAGGAGAUGGAGAAGGGAAAUGUCUUCCUGUGUGACUAUGAGAGACUCCGUGGCCUGGAUGGAAACCUGAUCUGCAAGAAGCAGCAGUAUCUGGCUGCCCCGCUCUGCCUGCUCUUCAGUACUCCACAGGAAACACUGGUGCCCAUCGCUAUCCAGCUGUUCCAGGAGGCGGGCCCAGAGAACCCCAUCUUCCUUCCCUCGGACUCGGAGCACGACUGGCUGCUGGCGAAGAUGUUCGUGCGCAACGCCGAGUUCAACGAACACGAGCUGAACUUCCAUCUGCUGCGCACUCACCUGCUGGCCGAGAUCUUCACCGUAGCCACCAUGCGAGACUUGCCUGCAGCGCAUCCGCUGUUCAAGCUUCUGUUACCCCACACUCGGUUCACGCUCCAGAUCAACAUCAUGGCCAGGAAGACGCUGAUCUCGUCGUACGGUUAUUUUCCAAAGUUCACUGCUAUAGGCAACGACUCCAUGAUGGAAUUCCUGCAAAGGGCCGUCUUAUCCCUGACGUACAGCUCCCUCUGUCUGCCGGAUGACAUCAAGGAGCGAGGCCUGGAAAAGAUUCCCAACUUCUACUACAGGGAUGAUGGCCUGGAGCUGUGGAAGAUCAUUUUCAAGUUUGUGAACGGCAUACUGUCGUAUUACUACACCGACUCUGAUGUCCAGACUGACAUCGAGCUUCAAGCAUGGCUCACCUCCAUAUUCCAAAGUGGAUUCCUGGAAAACCCACACGCUGGAUUUCCAAAGUCUUUCAGCACCGUGGAGGAGCUGGUGAAGUUUGUCACCAUGGUGAUCUUCACAGUGUCCGCCCAACACGCCGCAGUGAACAAUGGCCAGUUCGACUACGGAGGGUGGAUGCCCAACUUCCCCAGUUCUCUCCAGCAAGCCCCCCCCAGGCGUAAGGGGCUUGCCACGGAGCACACCGUUUCUGACACCCUGCCCAGCGUCAGCAGCACGGUGAACACGAUGGCCAUUGUCUACCUGCUGUGUCACGACACCUGUGAUCGCUAUGCCCUUGGGAAUUACCCCGAGGUCCAUUUCAGCGAGGAGAUACCCCAGAAGCAGAUCCAGCAGUUCCAGACGGAUCUCCUUCAGAUUGAGAAGAAAAUAGAGACCAGGAACAAGACACUGGAGCUUCCAUACACGUACAUGAGUCCUCAGAACAUGAAUAAUAGCAUCACCAUUUAGCCUGGGGUUCUUAUCUCCUCCUUUGGCCGCGGGCAUUCACGAACACAAACAGAAGAAACCCUUUUCGAGGUCUAGAAUACACAGAAUACAAUCUAAGCCGGUCUGAUUCUGCGGUUUGUUAAUUCACCAUUUGUGUUGUUAGACAACAAUAAAUUCAAGCAACUGCAAA